AUGUUAACAGAUGCAACAGAUAAUCAAUCAUGUUUAACAUAUUCUCAACAAGGUUUACGUACAUCAUUUCAAUGUCAGAAAUGUAUAGGUACUAUAGAACAACAUCGAACAAGUCCAGAUCCCGAUAUUUAUAAUGAAAUAUUUUUUGACAAGUCUACUAUUGAAAAACUUCUUCUUGUUGCUGAUCCACAAUUAAUUGAUGAAAAAGAUGAAGAUUUGUUUGGAUUAAUUACAAGAAAGGAUGGUGAUAGUGAUAAACAACCAAUAUUAAGACAACGUUUUCGAAAUUAUUUUGGUCGAACUAUUACUUUAUAUCGUCAAAAUGAUAUUGAAUAUCUUAAAUUAGAUAUUGAUAUGCUCGAAUCGUAUGUUGAUGACAAGCGUGUAGCAAUAAUGAAACAAACACAAAAUCGUCCAUUAUCAUCAAUUUUCCGUAUUGUACUUAAUCAUUGGCCUUCGUUAACACAUCCUACUCGUUUUGUUAAACGAGUUAUAAAUGAAUUAGAAUCAAAUCUUAUUCUCAAAGGUGAUAGUCAUCACUUUUAUAUAUUUGCAUAUGAUCGAAUUAAUAUGACAAAUCGUAUCAUAGCACGAGAAUAUUUACCACAAUCGAUUAUUUCAAUAGAUCUUGAUCAAAAACGUUUUAUUUAUGAAAUAUCAAUAUCAGGAUGUUCAUAUCGAAUGGGUGUUAAUAAAAUUGGAUAUAUUGUUCUUUUACUUGAUAGUGCUACUAAAAUGGCUCAUUUAGCUAUUUUUCCAACACCAAGACGAUAUAUAUCAUUAUAUCUUUAUGCAGCGUAUUGGGAUCUGUUAUUUGAUUAGUGUAAUUUUAAUUUUAUUAUUUUCGAGACAAUCUUUCUCGAAAUGGCUGACUUUAAAUCGAUGAUUAAUUGUUUGAACAAAGAAAAAGAAUGAAUCUUAUUCAGAAAGAAAAUUUUCUCUUUUGUUAGUGAAAAUUAUGAAUGUUUAAUUUCGUGUAAUUUUUUUUUUUUCUACAAUGAUUACAUUAUAAAAAAAAAUAUAUAUAUAGACAAUUUUCUUUUUUGGAAUUAUCAAAUUAUCAAUAGAGUUUUUGCUUUAUCAAAAAUAGGAUUUAUAACACAUUUCCAAAGGCCAAACUCAUAAUGGGAUCUUAUUGUAUAUAAAAACAUUUAUUUACAGAUUUUGACAAGAAUGAAGUAGAUAGCUUUUUGAAUUUUCAAAUGGUUGAUCAGCUGAAAAACAAAAAUUACUAAUAAUUUUCUUGAGUGGAUGUGAGUGCGAAUGGAGAGAGGUAUCACAUUCACACGUACAUCCUGUUAUGAAUAUUUUCGGAUGACAAUCGAAAAUCGUGAUUAGUACUCACAAAUGGUCAAAAUUAUACUGUAGUAUUUUCAUACGUUUUUCGUGUCUACUUGAGCGGCUCCCCAGUGACAUUUUUCUUUGAAACUUUGCUCCUUAUAAAUGCUUUUCUACGUCCAAUUCAAUAAUUUCUGAGCAAAGAAAUCCAUUUUCAAGCAAUAAAGUCAUAUGUUCACCUCCAAUAAGAAAAUUGCACACUGUUCAGGCCAGACUGAUAGAGCCCUGCCGAUUAAAGUAUUUUGACAACCUGUAACCUGCUCUGCUGAGAUUUUGGUAACCUGUAACCUAUCCUGUCCUGUGAAUUUUUUUCUUACCCUGCCCU